AUGCAGUUGGAACGGUGGUUACCUCUAGUACCGGUCUGUGCUUUGCUGGCCGCGGGGACAUCGCAGACUCGGCGUCUGCUACGGCCAGCUGAGCCUGCCGAUGCCGUUGCCGAGCUAGUGCACGUUGUGGUACAGGUUCUGAGGGAUCACUUUCGUCACCCAUUCUAUCCGGUACAGAUCUACUGCGGCUGGCUGGACGUUUGCGGGCACUCCACCGACUUUCUCGACCACGUACUCGGCUUACUUGGCGACGAUUUCACCGUAGUGUUGAGUACGCCCCUGAGUGAGACGACUGCCGACUACCGGGGUAGUACUGCGCCGCCGAUGCGAAACCUGCUCCUGCUGGACGGCGUCGGAACCGUUGUUGGCAGGAUGAUGGAGGACUUGAGAAGCGACCCAUCGGGCCGUUACCUGAUCGUGCUGACGGCGGAAGACCCCGCGGCCGGCCGGCUAGACCAAAUCUUCGCCGAGCUGUUCCGGAACAAUAUCAUCAACGUGAACGUGCUGGUGCGCCAGGGCACCAGGGUGGCAGCGUACACCUACCACCCGUUCUCGCCGGGGCUCUGCCGUAUCGCACGGACCCACCUGGUGGCGACCUGGCCACCGAACCCGGCCCGGGACUCGGUGGAUUUGUACCCGGUGCGGCUGGCCACCUUCCACAACUGCACCCUCCAGGUUGGUUCGUUCGAGGUCAAACCGUACACGAUGCUGCUCCCCAAGGUCGACGGCUACCUGGAGCUGGGCGGUUUCGAGGGUGACCUGCUGCGGGUGCUCUCGCAGCGUCUACAGUUCCGCGUCAACAUUACCGAGUCUCCUGGGCAGGUCCAGUGGGGUACGAUUGGUCCGCCGGGAAAUAGCACGGGCACGAUGAAGCUCGUGCAGGACGAGCUGGUCGACCUGGCGAUCGCCUGUAUGGCGGUGGACCCGACCCGUAACCUGUACCUCCAGUCGGGCGCCAUCCACUACACCUCGCGGAUACUGUUCGCGGUGCCCCCGGGUCGUUCGUACUCUGCCUUCGAGAAGCUGUUUCGUCCAUUUCGGGCCGCCAGUUGGUUGGCGCUCGCCGGGAGUCUGGUCGUGGCCGCUGCUCUGGUCGUUGCGCUCGCCCGUUCGUCCACGUCAGUCCGAGGACUCGUGUACGGAAGCGACGACGUUCGGAUGACACCGCUACACGCACUUUACGUGCUGUACGGUGGCGCGGUGGCUGCCGUACCGAGCCGCAACUUUGGCCGCACCCUGUUCGCGCUGUGGCUGUGGGCAACGUUGGUCCUGCGCGCCCUCUACCAGGGCUCGCUGUAUCGGUACCUCCAGCGGAGCGCACAUUAUCCACCGCUGGUGACACUGGAGCAGGUGUACGAGUCGUCCCUUGACCUGCACAUGAUCAACAUUGCGAUGCGCUUCUUCACCGACCGACCGGAAGUGCGUGGGCGGGCCCGCUUCAUACCGCCGGGCCGAGACACGCUCGGGGACAUGGUGUCGGGAAUGGCGGACCGGUAUGGCGACCGUGCGGUGGUGUGCCCGGUGGACGUGGUGGCGUACUUUAACCGGCGGUCCAAGCGCGCCCACCGCCGGGCCCGGGUCCACAUCACACGCGAACCCAUCACCCUGUUCCCGGUCACCAUCUACUACCACAAGCGGUCGAUGUUGACGCCCGUCUUCGAUCGGCAGAUCCGCAUGAUUGUGCCGAGCGGGCUGAUGCAGUUUUGGGUGAGCAAUUACGGUGACUACGACUUCUUCACCGAAGGAGCCGGCGCCGGUACCACCACCGCCGCCGCCAAUGGUCCCCGGCCGCUCACGAAUGUCCAUCUGGUCGGGGCGUACCAGGUACUGCUGGGAGCGUACGGAUUCGGGCUGCUGGCACUGCUGCUAGAACUGCUGGCCGGACGCAUCCGCUGGUUGGGUCAGCUUUUCGAUUGCUGUACCCUUCGAUACUAA